AUGGCAUGUCGUCGAAUCCAUUGUGAAAAAUCGGUAACGGGAAUUUUCUGGCGGCGGCUGAGGCGCGAGUUCAAACAGUCGCAGCCAGAUGCAGCCGACCUUUUGAGCAGUUACUAUAGAGAAAACAAAAACAGUCCCGUCUGUGGUGCUCUUGAGCAAGAAACGCCGUCUGGCGACGCGACGCGACAGGGCUUUGACGGCUCCAGCGCCCCCGGCUGGCACGUGGCACGUGGGCGCCGCCACGCGCCCUUCGCCCCGCCCCCGCCCCACGACCGGCUGCUCCCCACGGAAGUCGUUAGGCGCCUCAAGCAAAACUUCCGGCCGCCCUCUCCCGCGCAGUUGGCAAUUGUUUUCGAUCGCAUUGGCGAGCGAUGCCGGCAUGGAAUAGCACCUCCCAGCUGUGAAGAGUCCCUGCAUGCCUCGAGGUCUCACUUACUGCGGGUGCAUCCGACCCCACCCCCCACCCCGACCUUUAACCAAGGGCGGGGCGGCGGGGCGAGCUCGUGGCUGCCUCACGCCGUGAUGGCGAAGCUCAUGGGCGGCGGCGGCGUGGCCGCGGCGAGGGCGGGCGGGGGCGGAGCGGGCUCCGCCCCGCGCUCCGCCCCUGCCGCCCCCGCGUCGCGCGAACGCACGAAGACUCCUCGUGCUUGUAGAGUAGCUUUGAGCGCGAAGGCCUGCCGCAGCGCGAGCACACGUGCGGCUUGGUGCUGGAGUGCGUCUGCACGUGCGCCCGCAGGCCUGGCUGUGCGUGCGCACGUGCAUGGAGAAGGCCGGCAUGGACACGUAGAGCUUGUCGCAGUGCGGGCAGCGGCGCGCCUUCUUGUCGGCGGGCGAGCGGUGCGUCUGGCGGUGGCGCGCCAGGUUGGACGCCGUGCUGUAGCGCCGCCCGCACUCGCCGCAGCCGUGCGCCAGCAGCGCCGCCCCGCCGUCGCGCCGCCGCUGCCCCCGCCCCGCGCUGCAGCGCCGCCGCCGCAGCGCCGCGCCACCGCUCACCUGCCGCAAACGCAUGCAAUCUUAUAA